UCCAUGGUGACGAGUCCAAACCUGGAGAGCAUCGGCGCUCUUUUCAAACCUCUUCACCGCGGAGACAUGAUGACUACUAUCAAACUGUUAACGGACUUCACAACAUGUAACAACACCAGGAGAUCUAGAGCAAGCUGUUAACUCCAGAGAGACAUUAGUGUCGGUGAUGUAGAGCCAAGCUGUCAGGCUGGUUGUCAAGAGAGGAGAGAUCCGGUCAGAGCCAGUGCCAUAUCACAGCCAUGAACAACAACGCAGAGAGGAAAUUCGUCAAUUUAAGGAAGCGUCUGGAUCAGCUGGGCUACCGACACCCACUGGGAAUAGAGUCACUGCCACUGGUGGAGAAACUAUUCAUUGACCUGGUCCACACUACUGAGAGCCUUCGCAAUGCCAAACUAUCAGCAGGGAAAACUGAGAAAGAAACUCGAAACUUUGAUGCUCUUCUGGAGCCGUACAGGGCAGAGAACGCCCGGACGGUCCGGGAGAACAACGAGCUGCACCUUGAGCUUCUCAAGCUGAAGGAGGAGAAGGACCGGGUCAGCAGAGAGCUCAAGACCCACAUCAGAAAACUGGACCACGACACAUCUGACCUGAAGUUUUUAAAUAAUCAAUAUGUGCACAAAGUUCGCUGUUUGGAGAAGGAUAGCAAGGCAAAAGCUGAGCGCAUCCAGCAGCUGCAGGAGAAGAACAUGCAAGCUGUGGUGCAAACGCCAGGUGGAAAGAAGCGCAGCAUCCCUUUCAGACGACAGAGAAUGCAGAUUGAUGAGCUUAUACCUUCCUCCUCUACGUCAGCUUAUCCUGUGUUGCAGCCUGAUGAUCCGUAUACAGCUGACCUACUGCAGUUGGCAGAUGGAAGAAUUCAUGAGCUACAGGAAGACAUCAUAAAGGUCAAACUGGACCUGGAAAAUGCCCAAGAAUUUAUAAAACACUUAAACACACAGGUGGAGGAGAGGGACAAAGAGAUCAAGCGUAUGAAUCAUGCUCUUCACGGAGGACGACCUCAUGAUGUCAUUUCCCUCGAGGCUCAGAACGUCAGUAAUGAGAAACUGAUCGCCCAUCUCAACCUUCAGAUUGAAUACCUACAGGAGACCAACAGGACGCUGGAUCAGAAGGUAGAGGGGCUGCAGCAGAGGAAGAAGGACGCCUCCACCGAAGUGGCCAAUCUUUCUUUAAAGAACCUGGAACUGUGUGAAGAGCUGACGCACAUAGACGACCUCGCGCAGCGGCUGGAGAUGGACAAGGAUCAGGUGUUGGAAACUGCUGACAUGGAGCUGCAAGAAACUGAAAUAGAAAUUCGAAGGCAACAGAAAAUCAUCGAAGACUUGGAGGAUAUAAUCACAAAAACAAGAAGGGAGCAGUCUGAAGGCGACUUUGAAAAAGACCGUCUCAGAGACCAGCUGGUGGACCUCAAAGAGCAGAAUGAGAAGAUGGAGGGACUGGUGAAUUUCCUGGAGGAGGAGAAAAUCAGGCUGAGGGAAAAAAUAGAGAAAAUGAUGGCAGCUGACAAAGACCUGGUGCUGGAGUUGGAGACCAUGCGGGCUAAACAUGGUGUUUGUGGACGGGAACGCUCCCCGUCGCGGCUGGAUGCAUUUGUCAAGAGUCUCGAGGAGGAGAGAGAUUUCUACCGCCGGGAGGCUGAACGCUACAAAAGAGCCAGAGGGGCUGGUGGCCUGGAUUCGAGUCCCAGUCGUAGUCCGGUCAGGGGCACGAGUCCUCGGUCCAAAGCAACCAGGGGAGGUGUUGCAGAGAAAGAGCUGCUUCGUGUAGUAAAGGAAAGAGACGAGCUGAAGGCGGCUCUGCUGGACUUUGAGAAGCACAUAGAGGACAUCCAGGACAACGUGAAGGGCCUCAGCGCUGAAAGAGACCGAUUCAAAACGCUGCUUAAACAAGCUCAAGAUGAUCUUAAGUUGGCCAGAAGCUCAGACACGUCAGCCGACCGCAUGAAGCUGAAGGAGGAGGUCAGACAGGCAGAAAUCAGAAUCCAACAGAUGAGCAUUGAAAGAGACACACUGAUGGAGAGAUUAAAGGUUGCCCAGACUUCAGCUCUCACAGACAGACAGGAAGAGGAGAGGAGGACUCUUGACCUGGAGAAUGUCGUUAAGAGUUUGGAGCGGGAGAGACUGGACCUGCGGACCCAGGUGUGUCUGCUGAAGGGGAACAGGGAGGCUGUCGAGGAGGAGAUGAAGGUUCGGUCCGCUGCUCUGGUCCAGAACGCAGAGGAGGUUUCUCACCAGAGGGCCGAGUCUAAUGCUCUGAGGCUGCUACAGGAGCAGAUGGAGCAGUCGCUGUCUGAUACCCAACACAGGCUGUCUGUGAAGAUGAAUGAGCUGCAUGCUUCCCAUCAGCAGAUUGAGAAACUGGAGGAGACAAUAGGGGAGCUGAGUCAGCGGGGCUCCAAGCACAAAGAGGAAGUGUCUGUUCUUCAGAAGUCCAUCUAUGCUCUGGACAGAGAGAAAGACGCUCUGCAGGACGAGGUGGAUGAAAAGACUGAAAAACUGGUUGUUCUCCAGAAGGAGCUGUCUAAAAAGGGACAGACCCUUGAAGAUGUGAGACUCACAGUCGCAAACAUGGACACCUCACUAGCUCAGCUGCAGGGGGCGUUGAACAGCCGUGAGAGGGAGAUCGCCAGCCUGAGGAGGCAGCUGGAUGCCUGUCAGGAGGAGCUGGCUGGACUCAAGAGAGACAAAGAAAUCACAAUCAGAGAGAACAGGAGGCUGCAAGAUGACCUGGCCACAAUGACCAGAGAGAACCAAGCUGUACAUGUGGAGAUGGAGGAGGCGUUGCAUGAGAAGGAUGAGCUGAAGAUGAGGGUCCACUCUUACAUAUCUGAAGUGGCCAGAAUAGAGAAACUGAUGGCCACAAAGGAGCAAGAGAACAGGGACCUGCUGGAUCGUUUCAGGAUGGCCCACUCUGAGGUGGAGGAGCAGGAGCAGAAGUUGCAGCAGUUUGAAGGCCUCAAUAACUCCAUCCGCCUGGAGCUGCUCUCCUCAGACACAGAACGCAGACACCUUCGCGAUACUGUCGGCCACCAGGGGAGGGAAAUCCAACAGCAUACGCAGGCCCUGCAGGCUUAUGAGGCCCAAGUGUCGUCGCUGGUGCGUGGAAUGUCCCGACUAGAGGAGGAUCUACACAAAGCACAGGAGGAGAAGGCCGCUCUCCUCUCGGAUCUGGCAUCCGUCAGGGAGCUGUGUGUCAAACUGGACUCUGGCAAGGAGCUCGUUGCACGUCAGCUCACCUCCAGGAGCAUGGACCUAGAGAGGGUCACAGGAGAACUGGAGGAUGUUCGGUCGGAGGCAGAGCUACUGAAGAAACAACUGGCCAGCGAGAGGCUGACUGUCCGUAACCUGGAGACACUUCUCUCCACCAAUCGGCACAAGGAGUUCCAGACCCACCUGACAGCCAGCGAGAGAGAUUCGGAGCUGAAGGUCCUACGUGAUCGGCUGACCCUGGCUGACAGCAAGACAGCGGAGCAUGCCAGGGAGGUGUCCCAGCUACGCGGCAAAGUCUCUCAGCUGCAGACGGAGAUGGACGUUCUAAAAAGACAGUUGACCAGCGAGCGCUUUGAACGUGAAAGGGCCGUUCAGGAGAUGCGCAGACAGGGCGUGUCUUUCUCGUCCCUCGACGUCUCCUCCAGUUCCCAUCACACCUCCCCAGAACGCUCCAUCCUACGAACUCUCAACCGCUCCACCGACAAGUCAGCAGACAAGUAAGCAGAAGUGUGAGCUUCAAGGAUUAAUGACUAGAGACAGAAAGAUGAAGAAUAUGAUGAGUGAGUCAGAAACCACUAGUUUUGAGUCUGGACAUGAAUUGUGAGGGUCUCCAUACGUCUUGGCAUUUAUAAACAUUACAACUUUAUGUACCAGUUCAGCCAUAAAGGCUCAGGCUGAAACCAUGCCUGGGUGUUUGCUAAAACUAAUAACAGUGCCAACAGUCGACAACAACUUCUCAUUGACUCCACUUCCUCUCUGUCAGUAUGUUACACAGUCAUUGAUAAAAUUAGUAUUCAGCUUUUGGUUCAGAGCAACUAUAACCUCACACAUGUAGCAAGAGAAGUAUUCGUUCAACCCUGUGGUCAAUGUGUUUUAUGCUUAAUAUUCAUGUUUUUUUCUAAUGAUGUUUAAAUUAUUAAAUUAUUUUUAAAAUAAAGCGAUAAAAAUACAUACAUCACAAAA